ACCCGAUCCCAGCCCUGCUCCCUCCCCGACUUCACACUCUACCUAACCCACUCCUCCCACUCCCCCGAAAUCCUCCACUUCUUCCUCUGGUACUGGGACUACGUCCAACGCUGGUCCCAACUCCUCCCUCGCCAAAAAGCCCUAUCCCCAGCAUGGGACCCAGAAAAAGCCACCGAAGGCCCAAGAGCAGCGAGGUUUAUCACUUACAGCCACAAACGGGCCAGGAGCUUGAAGAUGGAGAAGGUGCUCGCAGUUAUGGACAUCAGUUCCCCUCAUUCUGACGAGCAGCCCGAGAAGGAAGGUGAUAUGUCAAGAAGCCGGUCGAGUUCAGCUUCUUCUACUGUUACAACAGCGAGCGCUGUGUCGGUUGUUGUUUCGGGGCAACCGAGGACGCCGUCGUCUUCUAUAAGUGGGAUUUUGAGCCCGACCGAGUCGAUGAGAGGGUGUAGUUGGCAGCCAUUCACCAUCCAACCCAACCACCCCGAACUCUCCCGCAUAACAAAGCUCUUCCUCUCCUCUCCCGAGACGUUGAAAUGUCUAUCACGGCACGACAGAGAGCAGUGCAUACGUGCGGUGCAGCAUACAACCCACCCUACCGCCCUACUUCCGGCAUUCAUGUCGGUCGAGUCGACACUAAGAAACCUGCUUCAUCCAGCUUUUAUCCGCCACUCGAUUACCAACGCAAACACUGCUCGGCUUGUCUUCACGGGUGUAAUCUGCGCCAUCCUCGCGCUACUAGGGCUCAUCGUCGAGAUGGUGUUGAUCCUCUCAAAGCAAUCCCCCUACCUACGAGUCCUCGGAUUGCUAUUCUUCUGGCCCGGGCUUACCGGGUUAUUCGCCUCUAUCAAAGGGCUAGAUGUAUACCUCCACUUUCAACAAAAACGCCAACUUCGCCCUUGGGAGCAAACCUCCCUUCCACUCUUCCACUCGCCCUCGACCGACAAGAAUGAGAAAAGGGGGCAUGAGAGGAUGGACACGACCAGCACCAGCAUCAGUUCCACAGCCCCAUUUACCCCGACAGGCGUCGACACAAGAGACAGAGAGCAAAAUACCACCUGGGAGGAACAAUACCGACAACAGAGCUGGAAGAAAAAGACCUUCACCACCGCAGUCCCAGUAGAAAGCAAACCUCUGAUCGUCCUGCAAGACCGAAUCAUCUUCCUGUCGAUACUCUGGGCCGGCAUCUCGUCAUCUGGCCUGACAGUGGCGGUGUUGUUCAUCCCCGCAAGAAAUCUCUUCUAA